AUGAAGGGGAAUAUACUACCGCUAAAGAAAAUCUUAACCAUCUUCUCUAUCAUUGAUCUAUCGAGGAACAUGUUUUAUGGAAAAAUUCCAAAAGUACUUGGAACGUUGAAGUUUCUUCGAGUGCUCAACUUUUCCCAUAAUAGACUAAAUGGACAUAUUCCAUCAUUGUUGGCAAAUUUGUCAGUGCCUGAAUCCUUAGACCUUUCUUCAAAUAUGCUUGCUAGAGAAAUUCCUAUGCAAUUGACAAGUUUGACAUUUUUGGCCGUGUUAAAUCUUUCACAAAACUUGCUUACAGGACCUAUAUCUCAAGGAAAACAAUUUAAUACAUUUCAAAAUGUCUCGUAUGGUGGGAAUUUGGGAUUGUGUGGAUUUCAUUUGUCAAUGAAAUGUAGUACUGAUGAGACACAAUCACCACCACCGCCACCAUCAAUAUUCGAAAAAGACAAUGAUUCAAUGUUUGCAAGUGGAUUUGGUUGGAAGUGUGUUAAUGGGCUACGGAUGUGGAUUGGUCAUUGGAAUGGCUAUGGGAUAUAUUGUGUUUAA